AUGUCUAGGUUCAAAUCAAUUGACGGCCCGGUGGCGCAGCCUCCCGACAUGCUAGACGAGGUCGAGCAAGGCGACUUUCGGUCUAUUGACCCGCACAGUGGUGUGAAACGGGGCCUUAAGACACGGCAUCUGAGUAUGAUGGCCCUGGCUGGUAUCAUCGGGCCUGGGCUUCUUGUUGGAGCAGGAGGUGCUUUGGCAAGUGGUGGGCCGGCCUCUCUACUAAUUGGAUUUGGUGUUAUCGGAAUAAUCGCAUUCAGUAUCAUGCAGAGCCUGGGUGAACUCACGACACUUUACCCAAGCGGAGGCGCUUUCACGGCUCUGGCAGAUCGCUUCGUUGACAAGGCUUUUGGAGUGGCUGUUGGGUGGAACUAUUUCAUCAUUUGGGUUGCAGUGCUCGCAAACGAAUAUAACGCAGUCACAAGCAUCUUGGUGUUUUGGAGCGAGAAAGUGCCUGUUUGGGGUUACUUCCUACUUUUAUGGCUACUGGGGCUCGUCGCAUAUUUCCUUUUCUCUAUCAUUUAUGUCUCUGGAGGCGUCAAAGGCGCAGAUGCCCUCGGUGCUCGAUAUUGGCACGACCCUGGCCCGUUCGUUGAAGGUUUUCGAGGCGUCGCAACUGUCUUUGUGUUUUGCUCCACCUUCUACGCUGGUGUAGAAUCAGUCGCGGUCGCCGCAACUGAAACAAAGAAUCCGAAAGUGGCAGUUCCUUUGGCCAUUCGACAGACGUUCUGGAGAAUAAUCUUCAUCUACAUGGGUUCCGCAUUGUUCUUUGGCCUCACGUGCCCUUCGAACGCAGACGGCCUGAUCAAUGGGUCUAGUCGUGCGCUGAAAAGCCCGAUGACGAUCGCCAUUCAAAAUGCAGGCUUCCCGGCUGGUGUACACCUGAUAAAUGCUUUUAUCCUGGUAACGUGCAUAUCUGCCAUCAACAGCAGCAUCUAUAUUGCGUCCAGGACCCUUUUGUUCAUGGCCCAAGACGGGAAAGCCCCGAAAAUCUUCGGCACAACAAACAGGAAAACCGGGGUGCCCAUCCCAGCGGUGCUUUUCGCCAACGCAUGUGGAGCCCUGUCCUUGAUGAAUAUCAGUACUGGCGCAGGUAAUGCGUUCACGUAUAUCGUCAACCUCAGCGGUGUGUCCACCUUCCUUGUAUGGGGAUCGAUAUCGUUCACCCACAUCCGGUUUCGCCAAGCGUGGAAAGCUCAGGGAUAUCAUACUCACGAUCUACCCUUUACCUCCUUUCUAUAUCCUUGGAACGCGUAUUUCGGAUUAGCCGCCAAUAUGUUCCUAGCUUUGGUUCAAGGUUGGACAACAUUGAGCCCGUUCGAAGCAGGUCGAUUUGUUGAUGCAUAUAUACUGCUUCCUCUCUUUCCAAUCAUUUAUUUCGGAUAUAAGCUGGUAUUCCGCACCCGGUUUUGGCGCGUGGAAGAGAUUGACCUCCAAGCAGGGCGUCGACGUGACCUGGACGAGGCCAAAGAGAUUCAAAACGGACAACUUGAUAGCCAUCAGAGUCUAUGGAGGCGCUUAAUCAGAAACUUCUGA